GUAGUUUGACCACUAUGUGGACGUGGACAGUUACUGGCGGCGGAGCUUCCAUCAAGGUGACUCAGAAGAACUCUUUCCAAAUUCAUAGAGCAACUAUUAAUAUAAGCCGCUCAACUCUGUUCUCUCUCUGUCUCUCUCUCUCUCUCUCUCUCUCUCUCAUUCAUACUGAUAUUCUAAGCAAAAACAUGGAUCUUCAAACCCUAAAUCGAAACACUUACUUUCUAAUGCAAAACCCUAAAUUCAAACAAUUGUAUAAUCGUCCGACUUUCUUCAACCAAUUGCAAUUGCAAGUUCACUUCUCUUUGCAAUGCCAUCGCAAACCUCGCAUGCCUUCAAGCCUCCGAAUCUUUCAUGUAGCGGCAAAAAAUCAGUUCAUUACUGCUUGCAUUAGUCCAAGCCAAGAAGUUGUCGGUGGUGAAGAUUCCAAAAUGGCUUCGGUUGAAGAUGAAGAUGAAGAAACAGAGGUGGUUGAGUCAAAAAGAGAAGAGUUCGUGGUGAAUGACAGUAUUUGGAAUCAAAUGGUAGAAAUUAUGAAGUUUUCAGGGCCAGCUAUUGGUUUGUGGAUUUGUGGACCAUUGAUGAGUCUCAUUGACACUGUUGUGAUUGGUCAGCAAAGUUCUCUUGAGCUUGCUGCUUUAGGUCCUGGGACUGUGGUUUGUGAUUAUAUGAGCUAUGUUUUUAUGUUUCUUUCAAUUGCUACAUCAAAUAUGGUCGCUACUUCACUUGCAGGACAGGUUAGUUUGUCAAGAGCAUUGUUGCUUUGUUGA